GGCGACGACGGCGCCCCGGAGGCCGCGCUCGGCUCGGGGCUGCUGAGGCGGGUCCCGCGCGGCCGGCGACGCACGGGCCGAGCCGCGGGUGGGCGGGCGGCCGCCGCCUCUGGGCUCCCGGCGGCGGGCCGGGCCGUGCGGCGGCGGCGGCCCCGCGGGAUGCUCGUGCUGGGCCCGGCCUCUCCCUCCGCGUAGGGCGGCGCGGCCCGCGGCCCGGGCUCCGGCAUGGCGCUGAGGGAGCUGAAAGUGUGUCUGCUGGGGGACACGGGCGUCGGUAAGUCGAGCAUCGUCUGGCGGUUCGUGGAGGACAGUUUCGACCCCAACAUCAACCCGACCAUAGGGGCAUCGUUCAUGACCAAGACCGUCCAGUACCAACAUGAGCUCCAUAAGUUUCUCAUCUGGGACACAGCCGGACAAGAACGAUUUCGUGCCUUAGCACCCAUGUACUACCGAGGGUCUGCCGCAGCGAUAAUCGUGUAUGACAUCACAAAAGAAGAGACGUUUUCAACCUUAAAGAACUGGGUGAAAGAACUUCGGCAGCACGGCCCACCCAACAUCGUAGUCGCCAUUGCAGGGAAUAAGUGUGAUCUUAUCGACGUCAGAGAGGUCCUGGAGCGAGACGCCAAGGACUAUGCGGACUCCAUCCAUGCCAUCUUUGUGGAGACCAGCGCCAAGAACGCCAUCAACAUCAAUGAGCUCUUUAUAGAAAUAAGUCGAAGGAUCCCAUCCUCGGAUGCCAACCCUGCGUCUGGCGGGAAGGGCUUCAAGCUCCGGAGACAGCCGUCAGAGCCCAAGCGGAGCUGCUGCUGACCCCGCCCCGGCACCCCAACUCCAUGAGGAAGUGGGUGAUCCUGCGCGCAAGGAAGGGGUUUCUCAGAGACUGACCCCCGACUCCUCUGAAGACUGCAGCAGGAGCAUUGCCGUCAUCCUCUGCUACAUCCUGCAGAGACUGCCAGGCAAGGCACCCGCAUCACUGGCUUCUGACCUUGCCCGAAAGGGACGUAGAAUUGUCCGGAUGGUAUGAUUCGACUGUGGAGCAGUUUGUAAUCAAGGUUCUGUGUGACAUUUGUAAAGGGAAAACUCGCACUUUCAGGCUCUUUGGAGAAGACCUGGGGAGAAUGGUCAUUUCCUGGGCUUCCUGUCACCACUGUUACAGGGAAUUGUAUCAUUUCAAACAGGCGGGCUCUCCUAAGUGGAGGGGUAGCAAUUAUUAUCUGAAGUUAAAAUGGGUUACUUACACGACUGAUGGAAAUGGUUUCAGCCCCACCAUCUCCAGAGCAAUUUUCAUUGCUACAUUAGCCCAGGAGACAUCAGUAAAUUAACAGCAGUAAUAGCAGAUGAGUAUCUCACCCUCCGUUUGCGUUCUGACCCUGUCAUUUCUGUGUCACCAAACACAUUAUUGGCACCUUUUGUAAUAAGCUCUUAUGAUCAAGAAGGGAGGGAGGGCUGCCUGGGAGAAAUUGAAUUGCAUAUGUUUAAACUGGUUAGCAAUAGUUUUUUAAAAAGGAAGAGAGAAAGAGAAAGUAAAGAAGUGUAAAUGCUGUCAGUAUUUUUGUUUGUUUUUUUUUCUAAUUUAACCCAAAUAUUUUGGUGACAAAAGCAAUUAUCUGUAGCUUAGCAUAUGUAAAGUUGUAGUCUAUAUUUAUGAGACCAUUGCUUAAAGAUGACAAAUUAUGUAAAUACGUGAAUAAAUCCUACGUGUCACUGGCACUCUCCUGACCGCCGCCCUCCAGGUCUCAGUCUGUCCGUGGGGAGCCCACAGCUGCCGUCCCCCCCCUCUGGAGCAGCCCACCUGGAAGCGGUAAUAGAGACAUAAGCCACUCUGACAAGCCUGACCGGCCCUGCCGAGCCUGGGGCUGAAAGUUCGAGCCCCAACUCCAGUCAGUUACUGAGCAUCGGUGAGAAAUUUCUCCCGGCGCCUGCGGCAGCCUCAGGUCCACUGCGUUCAGAGCCCGCCUGGUGAACGCUCCGUUGCUCCUUCUGGCGCCUUUCUUUUUCCCUGGUCAGGGUGAGCACCCUUUCCCGUCGGGAAGCCUAAGGAGGUUUCUGACGGGAUUUCAAACUAAGACACAGAAGUGAAGUUGGUGAGAUUUGUUCCCGGUGUCACUGGGAGCCCUCCAGCUCAGUAUUGUAAGGGAAGGAAAUUUGCAGGAUUAAAUAGGAACUGUAACUGCUUUAUUUGAAACUGAGUGAUAUUUUCAGAGCUAUCAUUAACUGAACAGUUGAAACUAUGUAGAAAUAAUCGUGAUUUCAUCCUGUUGUUCCCCCACCUUCCCCCCUCCUUGAUGCAGAUAGAUUUUAAUGGGGAAGCUACUGCACUCAGAUGACGUCAGCUCUGCGUCCCCUUUUCCUCCUGCAUCAGAGUGUUUAUUCUGGAGGCUAUAGGGUGCGGUGCGGGGGGUGGGUGGGGGGGCUCUGACGUCGCUCACGGCACCUUGCGCCUCCCCAGUGCCGGGAGAGGAAACACGAUCCCCAGGGCUCACUCCUGAGCACUGAAAGAUGGUUCCAUUUUAUCCCGUGUGUGACCACGCCCCCGGCCUGUCCUUGGCUCCCCUGUGCUGGGCCUCUGUCUUCACGACAACCAAAUGAAAACAGAGGUCACUGCCUCCUCGCAGGCCCGGCUGGCUGCCGCCCUCACUACCUCCUGCCGCCCGCUGCCGCCCCAUCUGUCCUUCCACCGAACCUGGGCGCCCUUUUCUUCCCCGUCACAUGCUCAGAUCAGACCCGUCCUUUCUCCUCUCUUGCUGCUGGUUUCUCAUUUUCCAGGUGCAGUGCAGGGCUCUGUGUGGGUUUCACCACGUUUGAUGAACGGGACGGAUGGUGUCUGGCUGGCGCGACACCUCGAUUUCACACGCGUCUCCUGCCACCUUCUCCUGCCCUGCUCCAUCGGUCUGCAUCAGCAAUUGACAUGGCCCCGUUUCCCUGGUUCUCCUGCGGUAUCUUUUGAUGCCUGGCAGCACCCCCUGCAGAGUGUUACCUCUGACCCAUAAUGCCGCCCUGGGGCGAAGGGGGGAAGCCCCCAGUUUCAUCUCUUUUGUUUGCUUCUGAAAUGCAAAGAUGAACGUUAAAGUUGGAGCCCUUGUUUUGCUGAGUACACUCUGGGUUCUGAACUGAAGAGGCGGGUGAUGUCAUCCAACACUCCGUCUGUUCCCUGCUGUUACUUCUCACUAGGAAAAAAGGGCUCAGUUUCAAGGAAUUGAGCUGGAGCCCCAUCUAUAAAACGUCUUUGGCUCUCCGAUGACGCAUGGCCAUUUUUUAAAACUUGAGGGACUGAAAAGAGAGAAAUCAUUAAUGAGCUCCAAGUGCGUAUCGAUUCCUCACAGAGAAACUGAAAUAAGCUCUUUGCAGGUGUCCAGUGCCCACCAUCGGCGCCGCACAGAACUCUCCUGUCACAUAAGUGUUUUUCUGGUCCUGUGGUAACUAAUUAGCGAUCAUCCGCUGAUUAAAAGAACAUCAAGUGAGGGUAUGAUUGAGUGUCCUCCACGUAAAACUCCCUGGAAGAAAGGCUGGGGGCAGGAGCGAAUGCAGGCCUGUGGUUCUCAGUAAAACUCCUCUAUCCUCAGCCUCGGCCGCAGUCAGAAGUUCCGUGCAUAGCCGCCGAGAGACGGGCUGCUUGGAAAAUAACCUUCUCCCCGCAGCAGUCGGUGGUGUUGUGCAAAGUCUCCCAUUACACACAUCUCCUGGGCGCCUGCCUGUGCCUCGCAGAGAGGCUUUUGUCCCGGAGGCUCAGUCUCAAGCGGACUGGGUCCUUCCUGAAGUCCUCUGUUAUUUUUAAAUAAAGAGGAAAAGGCCACAUUUAAUUUCCCAACUUCUCUUUAAUUCUUACAUUUCUUUUUCUCCAGGCAGGAAACGGGCCUCGGGGCCCUCUGAAUUAAACCCUGGGAGGUGUCGUGAGGAAAAUGUCCUUUAGGGACUGUUCUCCUGGAGAAGUCGGCCCGGCUCUCUCCUGGCGCGCCGUGGGGGCGGGCAGGCUGGUUCAGGGCCUCUGCACUAAUUGGCAUGUCAGCCUCAGCGCCUCGGAGCCUGCAGUGGUUAUUUGUUCCUUGCUGUGUCUUUUGUAUGCGGGAGUGAGAGUAGAAGAGGCUCUAUAAAUCCAUCCUUGGACUCUUUCUGCUCCCUUCCCUGGAGUGGGACGUGCGCCGUUGUGCAGGAACAGAUGAGCCCCGCCACACUCCUUGUGUUUGCACGAACCUGAGUAAUGACGCUCAGAGUGGCCCGAACUCGGCUUGAGGAGGGUGGCGACGGUGCAAAACCAAGGCACCUUCUCUCCGCACCAGGCUGUAACUGAGCCCUUGUGCCGUGGCUCGGGGGAGGGGAGAUGUGCUGGCAAGAGCCACAGGCCGCUGCUCAGCGGUUCAUAUCAGAGAAGGGGUUUUCCAUCAAGGGUCUAGCUGGGUUAGAGGCCUGCUUUCAAUUACCUGGCUCCCUCAAAAAAAAAAAAAUAAUAAGAAACAAUUUGAGGCAAUGUCUAGGAGAUGUGCUUUAACUCCUGUGAUCCUCUGAUAAAAAAUUAUCCAAGCCACAAAUUUAUUCAGGAGAUAAACAUUCCACUGGAGAGUUUUCGAAAGAGGAGGUGGGUGGAAUUCUGCCAAGGCCUGGAAGGGUCAGGCACCGCCAGUUUCUCUCGACAGCGGAGUUACUUGUCUUGACUUCCAGUAAUAGAAAUCCAGGCAAUCUGAUUAUCCGAUUUGCAAGAAACAUUAAUUGAAUUCUGGGGCAUUUGUCCUGUUUUAUGUGCAAAUGAAAGUCUAAAAAGUAUUAGGAGGGUAUGACAUUUUCCAGGAGCUCCACUUUUUCAAUCUAAGAGAAUGAUAAGCAAGAAAUCUGUGUGAUGAAGUUUCCUUAGAUAUGAUGAAGAAAGGGAAUAAAUAGAACCCAGCAUCCCCGUAUUUCUCCGUUUGUCCUUCAGGAUUCUCUUCCAUACAGGAAGGUGAUUUACUUUUCACGUCUAGGGCCUCCACAAGCAUAGAUCAACUUUAAUUUGUCUGCACCAUCAGGAAUAACUAAUAUGUGUGUGCUCUCUCCUUUUAGAAUAUAAUCAAUUCUAGAUAUGUGGGAACGUUUUUGGCUUCUGAAAAAUGGGAGUCAGGAGUUUAUUAAGAGAAAAGUCUUAAAGCUUCUGUCUUUUCCGUUUAUGGUACUGAAUAUUCUAAAUGGUGAGAUUGGGAUGUGUCUUCAGCAAAUACAGCAAUUAAAACCAUGGAGGCUUAACAAAUUUAACACACACACACAAAUUGCUCAAUUUAUUGCCAGCGCAUUUCCAGAUCUGUAUGGCGCCCAGUGCCUCAUCAAAAUGGUUUACAACUAAAACAAAAUUCUGGGUAGCUUUCCAUGAACAGGGAUACUAGUGCCAAGAAUUCAGCCAACUAAUAGCAAGUCCUAAGACAGUAAUGAUUUUUUGAAAGGGCCUUUUUUAAUUGGCAGUUUUAAACCGUGGACCUUAAUGUUCUCCUUAAUCACACAGCAGAAACAGAGCAUGGCUGCCUCGGUGGCCCUUGACUCAGAAGCUUCCCUGUGUUUGGGCAAGCGGGUUGCGGGAGGCGGUUCUCGGGAGGAAAUCAUCUUUAAAUGGCGUCUUUACAAGGGCCAAUAAUCUGUGCUUGGAACUUCAGUUGUCCAGGAAACUCUCACAGCCUGUGAAGUCAGCCUUGUGGGAAAGCCAAACACAUCUUCCCCACGGUGUCCCCAGCUGGCCAGAGGUGACCCUGAGACGCUUCCAGAGCACUGUCGGUCCGUUCUUCUCUCAUUCGUACCUGAACAAUAGUCACUGCCCUCAGAAACUUUGGAAAGCGGGACUUAAAUGUGUGUGUGUCCAUGCCAGGCCCCGGAGCAAGCUGUCGAAUUUAGGGAACUUUCUCUUAAUCUUAACUUGGCUAGGAUUCGUGAUGGCAGAGGGCUCUGGGGGGGUGAGGGGGGUGAUGAGCGGAGGGUGAGUCAGAACAGCCGAGGGCAGCGCUAGUUCUGAACCGUUGGCUGUGCUGGGAAAAGGGAGCUUCAUCGCCCUGGAAAAGAGUUUCUCCGUCCGCCUUCAGUCCAGCUCAUUCUCCCUCGGUCCCCGCUCUGAGUCACUCCACAAUCGUCACGCUCCCCCCGGCCCCGCCGGGCCUGAGCAUACGUCUUGCCUUACUCCUCCGGUGCGGGGCUCUCCCUGCUCUCCCCCCAAGACACAGGCCACCCACCCCAGCGCCACCCCUCGUGCGUGUGACAUUCUCUCCUGUGCUGCCUUAAGUGGUCACAUUCGGAGGGGUGGCCCCACGUCCAAGAGGGAGACAAGGCACAGCCCCCGGCCCCGGCUGGCUUGUAUGGGGUGGGGGGAGCGGUUGUUGGCCUUCUCCGGGAAAAGAGCUUUUGUGAGGGGGCAGGGGGGGUGGGAAGCAGCCGUGGAGACGAACCUAGAUAUUAAAACAAAUCGCUCUGCCUCUGUCCUACCAGCAGUUCUUUCUUCGAGGAACGCCAUGCCUUUCCGAGAGCCGAGGCCGGGACUGAGCAAUCUGUGCCUUUCUGUAGUUGAGUCUGUUAGGGGGAUAUCAGGUGCAUCGCCCACACCGGAGGCUGCCGUGCACGCGAGCCUCGUAAGCACCCGCACUUGUGGCCGUGGCUCUGCACGCCUCUGCCUGCCUGCCCGGAUGGAAUGAGAGAUGAUGGUUUGCCAGGCUGCUGUGGAUGUCUGGAGACUUUAUUUUUGCAGUCUUAAGCUUGGGCUGGGCCUGAGUCUAUAAACCAUAUGUCUGUCUUGUUUGUAGAUGCUGGCAAAACUACAUCUUUUGAUUUUGUUGUAAGAUUUUUCUUUUUCCACUUAAUGCUGGUAGUAGUUGGCAAAUAGUGGUUGAUUUGGCAUACUUUUAAACCUUACUGUUUGGGCUUGAGUAUUAUAAGAUAAACUUUCACAGAGUAUAACAUGCUAAAUUACUACAGAAUUUGUUGUAUUGUAAGAAGGGUGUAAACAUUUUGUUAAUAAAUGCUAUGUUUACAAAUACA